AUGGCAGGCAGCUACGCCCGUACAGACACCGCAUCCGCGACCUCUGCAUCCAACUCAGACGACGCGGUCACUCCGCCCACCGAGCAAGCCGUGGCCUACGCCUGGAGGCUAAAGCGCUGGCUUGAGCAGAACGACACGAUGGAAAAGCGCACUGAGCGACUCGUCUGCUUCCUUCACGUCGAGCCAGCGGAAUUGGGUUUCUCUCUGUUCAUCUCCGUCUGCUGCAACCUUGCUUUCGCAAUUGUGUUGGGCGUAGGCUGGGCCACAAACCCAGAGUUCCGGGACAGCCUGCUGCAGCUGACUUGGGAAAGGGCCGCUCUUACCAUACAGGACGGCCUGAGGCGAAGCGUCCUCUUCCUCCUCGACCGGAUUAUCCUCCCACAGUUCCCGGCUCUCGUCACGCUCGCCCUCGCACCGGUGGCACUCUGGAUAUCGUACUGCGCCAUCGGUAUCCCUACCAUCCUCCUCUGCUCUGCAUACGGCUUCGGCCAUCUCACCAUCCCCUUCCCUUUCACCGGACCUGCUCCCCUCCAGCGCGUCUGGGACGCCGCCUUUGUUCCUCUCGUUGCCUGGCGCCUCCUCGUCCUGCUCGAACCCCUCGCACCUCUCUCACUCUACGCCAAUACCCUCAUGCUCUACCUCGCCGGCACGGCCUACUUCGACGUCCAACCCCUCGCGCGACUCCUCGACCUCGCUAUCGAGCUCGAGCACCACUUCAAGAACGGCAGGCUCGGGAAGGGCGGUGAUGCGGCGGCGAAAGAGUUGAAGGAGGACGAGCCGGAUGGCAAGCUGAGACAGCUGGAGGCAGAAGUCGCCUUCCUGAAGACGCAGCUCGCGGUCAGGACGGCGAAGGAUCCGAAGGCGAAGAAGGGUAGCGCGAAAGCGUCGCAGUAG